CACCAUCAUCACCACACACAUUGUACAUCGAAGACUGUACCUCCAUCACGGACCCCCGACUCAUCCUCUCAGAUCUAAGAGCCAACCGAGAAUGGCUACGUUAACCUCUGUCCCCGUAUUUCUCCCCGAAGACAAAGUGCCUUCCAAACGAAUGGUCAGAGACAUUAUCGGCACGUUCCUGACGAGCGAAUGGCCAACCGUGGAUCCGGAGACUCUCACGAUUCAAUAUCACGCAUCGUUCGCCAACGCUCAUUGCCCCGUUGAGCGGCCGCAGCCGACCAAUGGCGCCCCCCUCGAACCGUUAAAAGUCUUUAUCAAGUUUCACAACGAGAGUGGGUCUGACUUUGAAGUCUUUCGGCAUCUAGCCCCGAGCAAAGCCGACGAAGCGACUCUUUGCGACGAAUACGGCCGGUCUGGAUUGGGGGCCAAAAUGUAUGGCUUUUUCAAGACUAACGACGGUACUCUGGGGCGGGUCGACGAAUUUCUAGACGCGCGAACCUUGGAGCCAGAAGACGUUGAGGAUGAAGCCAUUCGUGCGGAUGUCGCCAAGGGACUAGCAGCGUUUCACAGCUUGCAUAAUACUUCACUGCGAAAGAAGAGCGUACAGGCAUACUACGAAGCCGUCACUAGCGGACUUGCAAAGUAUCAUCAAAAUGAGAAACUGAAGACUCUUGGCCGCGAAGGAAGAGUCAAUGUGGACAAGCUGAUCGACUACAAUUUUGCGACGAGGCUGAGGAAAGUAGUGGGUAAGCUGGAAUCCAUCGGAGCCAAAACGGGAUCGUGCAUCCAUGACGUGCAAUUCAUGAACGUCCUCGUCAUGAAUGACCCAAAAGAAGGCGCGAGCCGCAUCGUCCUCAUUGACUUUGAGUUUGUGAUGCACAACUACCGAGCAUUCGACAUUGGGGGGCAUUACAUGCAAAAGCUAUUCAAGUGGUUCGACGACGACAACAAGAUUGCGGACUGCAGGCCGUAUGCGGAACAUGAAAAGAGGCACUUUUGCCGCGAGUAUGCUGAGAAGUGGAACGAGCUGACGGGGGAUUCGGACACUGGGGAGCAGGUAUACCUGGAGGCUGAGUACGGAUACAUGCUGGCUAUCACAUUUGACAUCCAUAAUAUGUUGUGCUUCAUGGAUGAGCAGGGGGAUAAAGAUCCCUUGAACCUAAUGGGGUUGAACAAAUUGUUUGACGAAUUUGUGGAUCAGUACAAGAAGUUGGGACUCGAGGAUUCGGAGUGA